UGUCUGAGUUUAACCAGAAUGAAUCAGAGCAUAUCUUUCCAAAAAUCUACACGUAUGAAUUUGCUACUACAAGGGUAGCUGAACUCGUCAAAGUCGUUUCUCGGCGAGAUGAAAAGUCGGAUUCAAUUCAUUGAACGAGUCACGCGAGUGUGUUUUGGGAUGGUAAAUAUUGAACAUUGAACAUCGCAAGCUUUCCUGGAAUGUGCGUAUUAAUCUGUAUCAUGUCAGGAGAUUACGGCGCCAAGUAUUGAAACAAGUGGUCAUAUGACCCCUGGGCUCCAGACAACUGUUGAGCAGUUCACGGAUUGGUGAUGGGUUUUAUAUUUCAACGGAGAUACUUCUACUCCAGUGUCGUGUUAUUGUGCAUAUCCGUGUACCUUUAUAUCAGUACAUGGGCCAUGUCAAAUCGGUCGACAUUGAAACAAGACAAUCUUCGCAAAGUCACCGUAAAUUAUGGGGUGGUAAAUGGUCGAACGAACGUCGUCGCUCGUCCUAUGGGAAACCUUUCUUCACAUGGAAUUCAUGAGGGUCACCUAUCUAACGCAACACACACGAGGAAACGUAUGUCAGACACGUUGCCUACCGUGACAUCAGCACGUCGUUCUUCCUCGACAGCAGCAGCAACGCCACCAACAGGAACAACAGUAUUCCCUCCUACCUUAGUACGAGGUAAAGACAUAUCUCCCUUAAUAUCGGAAUUCUUUCAACUGAAGUCUAAUGAGACAAAAGACCAUUUUGUUAAUCUUCACAGGUUCCAGUUUUCCCUUAACACAAAUGCUUGUAGAUCUGGUUCCACUUUCUUGGUUAUUAUCAUUCAUUCAGCUCCUGGCAAUACCAAAAAGAGGAAUCUGAUACGAGAAACCUUUGGAUCGAUUGGAUCUUACAGAGACAGACAUAAAACCGUUGUAUUCAUGUUAGCAGCGCCGAAGCAACAACGAGAACGGGAUGCUUUGCGAUACGAGUCCCAAAUGUAUGGCGAUAUUGUGCAGGGGAAUUUCCCAGACUCCUACAAGAAUCUUGUGAGAAAACACAUCAUGGCAAUGCACUGGUUCAAGUACAACUGCAACGCGAAACAUAUAUUGAAGUUGGAUGACGACACGUUUGUGAACCCAUACAGAAUUAUUGACCACAUUCUGAGCACUAAACCUGAAGGGCUCACUAUUGGAUGUAAAUUGUUACGAGGACAAGGUCCUAUCAGAAACAAAAGGUCAAAAUGGCACACCCCAGAAUCGGAGUAUCCCUUUUCUGCUCUGCCGCCAUUUUGUUUAGGCUUCGCCUACCUGACAACUCCAGAAAGCUGGGCUGCCAUGUACAAGGUUUCUGAAACCAACAGACUAAUGAGCAUGGAUGACGUGUAUGUGAGUGUUGUGUUGGCCAUGAAAGCCGGGGUACAAAGAACAGACUUCAGCGACAUUUUGGUGCAGUGUCCAUGGAAUAAGACAUUUGAUUAUAAGGAACUUAACCGAAAAGCAAUUGUCAUUGACCGGGGAGCUCAUUGUGGUCCUAUUCCCUUUAGACACUGGAAACAAAUACAAUAUGAUAAUGAACACUGAUGAUUGAUAUUUACCAACAGAAUAAUCUCAAACAAAUGUAUUUUCGACGUCGUGUAUCAGGCGAUGUCAUUUAGAUAAUAGACGCACCUAUAGAACUUGAAUUUUUGAAGAUUUGUCAAUAGUCGAAAACGUUCAGUAGUUGUGAAUUUCUUUUUAGAAACAUAAUACGGUUAUUUCGCAAUACAACACAUGCUUCUUUUCAUCAAAACAUUGAACCUCAUCUGAAACUUCAAGGCCUUAGGCGUAUUCUUAAUCAAAA